AUGAAUAUAAAUGAUGUGGUCUCUAAUAACAUCAACUUUAGUAAUAAAGAAUUUCCAGCUUUGAAAUCGUCUUUGAAAAUUUCGAGAUGUUCUUCCUCCUCAAAUUCAUGUUCUUUCAAAAGUGUCAGAUUUGCUCCUGAAUUAACUACUGUCAAAAGCUUUGAUUGUAAUUUAGAACCAAGUUCAAUUUCAAAUGAAAGUUCCCCUAAUUUAUAUGCAUUAGAUGAUCAUUCUCAAGUCUCAAAUUUUAUUAACCCAAAUUCGCAAUUGUUAUUGAAGAAUAAUAAUACUCCCACCACUAAUAAUAAUAUUCUUAUUGGAUCAAAAUCAAACAAUGACACUGUUUGGUUUAGUCAAUUAAAUAUAAUAAAUUCGUUACAAAAUAAUAUAACGACGCGCAAUUCAAAUAAUAAUUUAUUAACUGAUUUUGGAUUAGAUUACGAUUCUGACACAAGUUUAGAUGAUAUUUAUCUAAACUCAAGUCUGAUUAAUGGUAAUAUAAGUGAUCCAACAUUGCGUCAAUUUGAAAUUAAUAAUGAUAAUGAUUCUAAAUUUCCCUUUUUUGAAAACAACGAUGAUAGUGACGAAGGUGAUAGUGAAUUGGAUCAUUUAAUUAAUAAUAGUUAUUUGUUUUCAAAAGAUUUAUUUUUUAAAUCAAAUAAGAAUUAUACUUUCUCACCAAAACCAAUGAAUCAAAAUCAAAAUAUUGAUGAUGCUAUAAAUGAUUUCAUUGAUUGCACCUCACUGCAUAGAGCUGUUACCACAAAAAAUUGGAAACUUUUAAAAUCAAAUGUCAGUUCAUUUGAACAUACUCCUGAAAUUGUACAGUCUAACUCAAUUUUGGAAAAAAAAUUAUUUGAAUAUUUGGAUCACUCAAAUAUAAGAUUAAAUUCAAUUGAUCAAGUAUCUGACAUUAUUAUUGGCUCAAUAUUUGUAAAUAAUUUAAACUUUGAAAAACAUAUAGAGGUGAAAUUUACUUUUAAUGAUUGGAAAGACAUACAUUAUGUCACUGCUCAGUAUAAUAAAUCAAUUACAAAAUCAAUUGAUCAAUUCGAAUUUAAAAUAGAUUUAGAUUCUUUUAAACAUAUUUUACAGUUCAAAGGAUUAAUUUACAACAAUAAAGAUACCAGAUUCUCUAAUUGUGAAUUCAAUAUUGAUCUUUGUUGUCGAUAUUUGGUGAAUAAUGAAACUUAUUAUGAUAAUAAUAAUUACGAGAAUUAUCAAAUAUAUUUAUCACUAGAGACAGAAAAUUUGUUAUAUUCUGAUAAACUUGAUGAUACUCGACAAGAACCUGUAAUCGAUAACUCAACUCAUUCUUUAAUAAGGAAUGAUAAAUUGAAACCAGAGCAGUGUAACAAUUAUGAGAAUAAUAAAACAAAGAUUCAAAAGUUUAACAAUUCAUUUUUGGAUGAUUUUAUAACGACAACAACAUUAACACACAAUUCAAAUCCAUCAAAAACCGCAAACAUCUCAAGGAAAUUCAGUGUUAAUACCGACUAUUAUAAUACGUCGCCAUUGAAACAUUUAUAUCAUAAUGACACUACACUAAUCAAACCAAGAAGUGUAAAUUCAGUGGUUUUAUGUGAUGAAGCAAUUAAUCAAAAUAGUCAAAAUAGAACAUCUAAUACGGAUAAGAAUGUAAAUAAUAGUGACUUCACUAGUCAUAUAGCUAACCCCUCAAAAUUUCCUCAAGAUAUUGCAUUAACGAAUAACAUUGCUAUUUCCAAUAAUUCCCACCCAGAUGGUAACUCAACUACAAUCAUGAAUAUAAAUACAAAUAACAUUGCUAACAAAAAUAAUAAUAAAAAUAGUGAACCAAAUACUGACACUAACAACUCUCAUGUUACUAAUUUAAACAGCGGAGACCGCAAAAUAGUAUUUAAUAAUUCAGUGAAUAACAAAAUUUUAUCAGCAAUAUCAAAUAAUAUGGGUUGCAAUAAUGUUUUUGUCGAUGGACAAGGAUCAUCUUCUUCAGAUUCUCUGCAAUCGUCUCUGACAACUUCCAUUUUCUCACAAUCGACUGCCACAUCCUUAUCUUUAAACAACAUGAAAGAGCAACUUAGAUGGGAUGAUUAUAAAGGAGGAAGUGCAAUAGGUUCACUCAAGACUCCACUCAUUCAACAAAAUCCACAGUUCUCUUCCUCAUCUUCCUCUAUUUCAUCUAUUUCAGAUGACGUUAGUAGUUCAUUCUUUCAAUUGCAAACGCGUCCUUCAUUGGCCUCAUUUCUUCCACCAUCAUCUUCAUCUAGAAAUUUAUCAGAUGUUACAUGUAAAAAUACUUUGGCUCAUUCAUGUUUCAAUAAUUUGACAAGAAAACGCAAAAAUUCAAACCUUGUCGAGGUCCUUGAUAAUUGUGGAUAUGAAAAUGAUAAUGUAAGAGACGUUGAUAUUUUGCCAGCCUCACCAAUAAACAACGAUACUGAUACAUUCUUUGACUCUUUUAAUGAUGACACAAAUACUAUAAUGACAGACACAACCACUACAUUUUUUGGAGAAAAUGCUACAACUAAUAAUUACGGCGCCGAAAUAAAUUUGUUUGAUAAUGAUUAUAAUUAUGAUUCCCAAACAAUACAACCAUCUUCAUUAUCACAAAAAGAUUUACAAACUAUGGAAAAUGAAGAGAGGUUUCAUUCUUGUAAUGGAUCUAAUUACUUAUCAUUAAAUAUAAAAUCAGAGUUCAAUAGCUCUCUUGAUACAUUAAUAAUAUCAAGUCCUUCACCAAAGGAAGUAAAUAUUUGUGGUUCAACAAUUUUAUAA